UGUGGUUCAAAUGUUGAAUGGUUGGACAGCACCUGGAUUUUCCCAGAGGCCUCUUUCAGAAGAGGGGGCUUUUCAUCCCUGGGGAGAGUAGGCUUAUUCUCGACUCUGCUCGCUUCUACAAUGCAGCUUCCAGCAAGGAGUGUGGGAUAGUGCCAGCUGUGGUGGUGACAUUUCACGUGAUUCAAGCAAAUGUCAGCUAGGAGUUAGCUUGAGAUGACCUAUUUAUUUCAUUUAGGUUGCGCAGCGGGUGUUGCUGGCAGUGAUUUGCAGACCGGAUUGACCUGUCCUGGAGUAGAUGAGGUAGAAGCUAAAACAAGCUAAAACUGUCCCUAUUUCUUGCCAGUUCUCUGAAAUACGGAGCCUUCCUUGAGCAGUGAAAGGAAGCGGAGCGGAUAGUGCUGCUCUUGCCAGAGGCAAGGGCUGGAAGCAAAGUGACUUUGGCAUGUUCUUGUAGAGGCUUUCUGCAUUUUGGUUUUCUGGGGAAUCGGAGGUGCUCCAGUCAACUGUCCCUUGCUUAGACUUUCUUUUAGGAAGGUUAGCUAAGGACUGAUAAGUUCUCCUGAUAUUUAAUUAUGCUUGUCUUGUCUGACUAGUAAAGCUGGGAUGUAAAGGCUGCCCGAUAUACCUCUGUAUUCCCGGGAUGCUUCGGAUGGGGGGAAAUAGCCACACCUCCAAAGAGCCCUCAGGCAGAAAAAUGCCUGAGGCACUCCCAGAGCAGCACAGGCUGCUAGUCUUAGCAUCUGCCCUUCUUCUAUCACUCUGGAUAUUUAAACUGAGUUUUUAAUCUUCAUUCCUUCAGAUAAAAAGUGCAGUUCUCUCAACUCAGGAGUUCAUUGGCAAAACUGAAAGCAGAUAAUCCCUGGGAACUACUCUGCAGUCUGGCUUCUGCUAAUACCAGGCACAAUGGCUACAGUAGCCCAGAAGCACUUUUUGGAAGGGCAGACGUACUCAGUCCCCCUGAUCCAACCAGACUUACGCAGGGAGGAGGCUGUUCAGCAGGUGGCAGAUGCACUUCAGUAUCUGCAAAAGGUGUCGGGCGAUAUCUUCAACAGGAUCUCUCAGCGGGUGGAGGCCAGCCGGGCACAGCUUCAGGCAAUUGGUGAGAGAGUCACGCUUGCCCAAGCGAAGAUUGAGAAGAUAAAGGGCAGCAAGAAGGCUAUUAAGGUAUUUUCCAGUGCCAAGUAUCCAGCCCCUGAACGACUGCAGGAGUACAGUUCAAUUUUUGCUGGUGCAGAAGACCCAGGUAAACAGAAAUGGCCAAGACACAAGAUUCAGAGCAAACACCGAGUGCUGGAUGAGAAAGCUCUGCAGGAGAAGCUCAAGUAUUUCCCUGUGUGCGUGAGCACCAAAAUUCACCAGGAGGAUGAUGCAGAAGAAGGCCUUGGCAGCCUCCCCAGGAACAUCAGCUCCCUCAGCUCCCUGCUGCUAUUCAACACCACUGAGAACCUGUACAAGAAGUAUGUUUUCCUGGAUCCUCUGGCUGGAGCAGUGACCAAGACCCAUGUGGCUCUGGAAACAGAGACAGAAGAGAAGCUCUUCGAUGCUCCUCUCUCCAUCACCAAAAGGGGACAGCUGGACCGACAGGUAGCUGAAAAUUACUUCUACGUGCCAGAUCUGGGCCAGGUCCCUGAGAUUGAUGUGCCGUCCUACCUGCCAGACCUGCCUGGCAUUGCUGCAGAUCUCAUGUACAGUGCUGAUCUGGGCCCCGGCAUCGCACCAUCUGCCCCUAGCAGUGCUAUUCCAGAGCUGCCCACUUUCAACACUGAGUCAGUGGAGCCUUUGCAACCAGACCUUCAAGAUGCUGAGCUAUUGCCGCCUCCUCCCCCACCACCUCCCCCACCACCUCCUGUUAUGCCAACUACUGUGCCUCCUCCGCCACCCCUGCCCCAGCCCACAGCACCCUCUGAGCCAGCCCGGACAGCAAGCGAGGAGAGCAGCAAUGCGGUGCCCGCAGCUUCGGUCCAGGGAGCCCCGAAGGAGGUGGUGAACCCCUCUACUGGGCGUGCCAGUCUCCUGGAGUCCAUCCGCCAGGCCGGUGGCAUCGGGAAGGCCAACCUCCGCAGUGUCAAGGAGAGGAAGCUGGAGAAGAAGAAGCAGAAGGAACAAGAGCAAGUGAGAGCAACAGGACAAGGUGGAGAUUUGAUGUCAGACCUCUUCAACAAACUGGUGCUGAGGCGCAAAGGUAUUUCAGGGAAAGGGCCGGGAGCCUCCGGAAAUCCCGAUGCUCCUGGAAGUCCUGCUGGUGCCUUUGCUCGUAUGUCGGACUCAAUACCACCCCUCCCACCGCCACAGCAGCCCACGGGUGAGGAGGAUGAGGAUGACUGGGAGUCAUAGAUGGGGUCAGUUGUGCAUCAGUGUGAAUCCCAGGACUCUUGAACUAAGCACCUUUGAGAUACACCAGCCUGUGGAAGUACCUCCUGGAGGGUGGGCACUGGCAUGGCAGGGGGACCCUGACGUUUCUUCUUGAAGAAAGCGGGAGCAACAGGAGCUAACCGCUGCUGAGGUUAUAGUUACCAGUGAGGGUUUUUCUUCUGCUGUCUGCUAUUCUCCACCCCAAAUACUACAUUCCAUCUCAAAUGCUGCUGCUGUGACUGGUGACGACUGCAAAAGCCUCUCUUGCAGGCAAACAGCCCUUGCCUCAUUUGUCUCCUUGCGGCUUGCUUGCUGAAGCUCCUGUUUGCUUGGUUGUUGCUAGAAGAGAGAAUGAGAGCGUGUGUGUCCCUUCAUGGAGGUUUAAUUCCUGGUGCCUCUGCACGCAGUGGUUUCUUUCUCUACCCGGCUUAUGGUAAUUCUUUGCCUGUUGCUGCCUGAAAAAUGUCAAUAAAGUUGAAGGAAGCA